AAAUUUGUAAAUUAAACUUGUGUGAAUUCUAAAAAAGAAAAUAUAACUAUAUUUAGACAUAAAAAAAAAUGUUAUUCUUUGCGUGGGUAUAAAAUCGUGUAUGUUUUUUAUCAUUCUUCUUUCUCUCCCUCUUUUUUUUUUCUUUAAACUUUUUUUUUUGUAUGAUUGCCAUCUCCUCUAUUCCAAUUACUGAUUUCCAGCCCAAAAAGAGUGUUUCUAUUGGAGUCAAAGAGAACGACGACCACUUGAUUGCGUAUACAGCCUACAACGUAAAGACCUUACUCGAAUGCUCCAAAGAAAAGAUUUACUAUCAACAAAAACUAUUACCUAACCUGUUUGUGUUUGUCAAGCAUGUGUUUCGUCAUUGUAACCUGACACCAACCAUUCUUGUGAUUGCCUUGAUCUAUCUUAAACGGCUUAAACGGGCCCUCCCCGCCCAAUCCCAAGGAGAAUUUGAUACGCCGUAUAAAAUGUUUAUUGCUGCCGUGAUUUUAGCCUCUAAAUUCAUAGAGGACACCAAUGCAAUCGCUCAUUCGAUCUAUCGCCUUGUAUCUCCGCUCUAUCCUGCCAAGGAAAUUAACGAAAUGGAAAGAAGCUUUUUAGGGGUUGUUAAGUACAACUUGUUUGUCAGUUCAGAUCAGGUGCAUCAGUUCGUGCAAGAACACAAGGACAUACUUCAACUAUCUUAAAAAACACCUUUUUCAUUAUUUAUUUAUACCCUCUCUCCCCCUUUUGUAAAUAAAAAAAAACAUUUCUCUUCAUAUUUAAAAAAAAAAA